CAGCCUAAACACACACAAAAAAGUGGCAACACUGUAAGUCGUAUGGUGCCGCAGAAUUGUGAUUGAGAAUAUAGUUUGAUUUAAUUGAAGAUGUCUUUAAUACGCGGUUUUGCUGUUGCCAUUACUAUGGCCAAGCCCAUGAAUAGAACUGGCACAGUUCAAACAUGCCGUCACAUCAAACGUUGGGUCUCCCCGACGUUACGUGAGCUCGCACACCGCGUACAGAAACAAGGACCCCAAAAACCAGAGCCCCGCGCAGGCUUCAUUGAAUGGAAUUACCGCUCUGAGCUGUUUGCUUUUGGCAAGCGUUUAAAUGAGGAGUUCCAACUACCCCUGCUACAGACCGCAUUCACAGAGCGCACAUACGCGCAUCAGGAACAGGAGCGACAACGCAAACUGGGUAUUGCUGAAUCGGAUUUGCAUACAGCUGACAAUGUUGAACUUGCUGCCAAGGGAGCGCAUAUUGCCAAAGCCUACAUUGAAGCGUAUGUUCAGCAUUCGUUGCCCAAAGUGCCGGCGAUUGGCCAAAAAGCGAUUACUUCAUACCUGCUGAGCACGGAAACUUUAGCUCACGUCUCCACACAUUUGGGCACCAAAGAUUUAAUCUUUGCCAGCGAAUACCCGCCCAGCAAUGAAACGCUGGCGAAUACACUGAAUGCUGUGAUUGGUGCCUUAGCGGAUUCAAGUGGCGUGGAACGCGCUUUUCUCUUUGUGCGCGAUUUCAUUUGCACGCAGCUUAAUCAAAAGGAUUUGCUGGAUAUAUGGACACCGGAGCAACCACUACAGUUGCUAGGCGAAGUGUGUGCGCAACGCAAGCUGGGUGAUCCAGAGCCCCGCCUGCUGGGCGAUUGCGGCAAGAACACAGUGCUGUCUGCAUUCCAUGUGGGCAUCUAUUCCAAUCGCCAACUGCUUGGCAAGGGAUUCGGCGAAGAUGUGAAGACAGCUACAGAGACAGCAGCAAUCGACGCACUUCAAACCCUCUUCGAUCUUCAUGACAAUCGGCGUCCAUUCGAUUUCGGGAUUCAACUCGAGACGAAACAUGUGAGGCUAGAGGCGUAG